CCCUGCUCUGAUGGGGGGGUCUCUCCCAUGGAAGACAGUCUUCCACAGGCUUCUCCGAUAAGUGUUCUUCCCAUGGUCUGCAAUUCUUCACUAGCUGCUCUACCAUGGGUGCCUUCCACAAGGUGCAGUCCUUCAGGAACAGGCUGUUUCAGCGUGAAUCCCCCACGAGGUCACAAGUACUGCCAGCAAACCUGUUCCAAAAUGGGCUCCUCUCUCUACGAGUCUUGGAAGGAGACUGCUUCAACAUGGGCAUCCCAUGGGGUCACAGCCAUCUUUGAGCAUCCACCUGCUCUAGCAUGGGGUCAUCCACAUCGUGUGGAGCACAAAGUAAUCAUAGUGGGACUUGAUAAUGCUGGAAAGACUACUAUUCUUUACCAGUUUUUAAUGAAUGAGGUGGUUCAUACUUCUCCAACCAUAGGAAGCAAUGUAGAAGAAAUAGUGGUGAAAAACACUCAUUUCUUAAUGUGGGAUAUUGGAGGACAAGAAUCAUUACGGUCAUCGUGGAAUACCUAUUAUUCAAACACAGAGUUCAUCAUUCUGGUUGUUGACAGCAUUGAUAGAGAGCGACUUUCUAUUACAAAAGAAGAACUUUAUAGAAUGCUGGCUCAUGAGGAUUUACGGAAGGCUGCAGUUCUCAUCUUUGCAAACAAGCAGGACAUGAAAGGCUGCAUGACAGCUGCCGAGAUAUCUACAUACCUCACCCUCAGCUCCAUAAAGGAUCACCCGUGGCACAUUCAAUCCUGCUGUGCUUUGACAGGAGAAGGAUUAUGCCAAGGCUUGGAGUGGAUGACCUCCCGUAUUGGAGUGGUAAAGAGCUUCAGUAUCCCCAAACGAGUGAUUCUUUCCAGCUCUUUAAACACACGGCACACAGUAAGGGGGAGAGGACUUGGGCACAGCUACUCAAAAUAUUUGUUGUCAAAAUAAAAUUGAGUUGUUCUGUUAAAUUUGA